AUGGCGAGGGUAGUGCAUCCUUGGAAAUGGACGGUGGCUACCCUGAUUGCAGCCCUGGUUCUGGGGGUCUCAGAGCCUGUACUUGCGGACGAGGUUUCCUCUUGUGACAACCCCUCUGGCAACCGGCCCUCUGGGGCUAAUCGAGACCUCAGCAGGGAGUCCGAGUCAGAGGAGGACUCCAGGUCGGACAGCGGCAAUCGCAUCGUGAACGGGUCAGAUUGUGACAAGGACAAGCAGCCGUGGCAGGGCGCGCUGCUCCUGGGACCCAACAAGUUGUACUGUGGGGCGGUGCUGAUCAACCCACAAUGGCUGCUCACAGCAGCCCACUGCAGAAAGCCAGUCUUCAGAAUCCGUCUGGGCCACCAUUCCAUGUCUCCUGUCUACGAGUCCGGGCAGCAGAUGUUCCAGGGAAUCAAAUCCAUCCCCCACCCCGGUUACUCCCACCCUGGCCACUCCAACGACCUCAUGCUCAUCAAAAUGAACAGAAAAAUCCGUGGUUCUCACUCAGUGAAGCCCAUCAAAAUUGCAUCUAGCUGUCCUGCUGCGGGGACCAGGUGCACGGUGUCUGGCUGGGGGACAACAAGCAGCAGUCACAAUAACUUCCCCAAAGUCCUCCAAUGCCUGAAUGUCACCGUGCUGAGUGAGGAGAGGUGCAGAGACUCCUACCCGGGACAGAUUGACAAGACUAUGUUCUGCGCUGGUGAUGAGGAGGGCAGGGACUCCUGCCAGGGUGAUUCCGGGGGACCUGUGGUCUGCAAUGGCCAGCUGCAGGGCCUUGUGUCCUGGGGUGAUUUCCCCUGUGCCCAGCCGAAUAGGCCAGGUGUCUACACCAACCUAUGUGAGUUUGCUAAGUGGAUUGAGGACACCAUCAAAUCCAACUCAUGA